GCGUCGUUGUGUCGAGGUGGUGUCGGCGGUCGUUGGGCGUCGUCCAGUGGGUGGCAUGAGACGGGGUCUGGCUUGGACUUGGAACUCGGUCGUGGGCGCUGAUUGGGCAAGUCUUCAACAUGGCUCAGGCGGAGCAGCAAAACGUGCGCAUUGAGAAACACGUGUUUCCUUGCCUUGACUCGGACCUGCCUCGGUUUGACCUUGCCAACACUCCCUCUCGACGCCGAGGCAUACCAGCUGAGCUCGAGCUGCGCCUUCGGAUCGCUGGCUGUGAGCUCAUUCAGAAGACGGGCAUGUUGCUGGGCUGCAAGCAGGUGGUGAUGGCCUGUGCCCAGAUGCUUCUUCAGCGUGCCUACUGCCGGCUCGACAUCUCGCGCCAUUCGCUACAGUGGGUGGGUCUGGCGUGCCUCUUCCUCGCAGCCAAGACAGAAGAGGACCAUCAGCGGCUGCGAUCUAUCUUGCUGGUUGGCCGCCAAGUAGCACAUCGCAUGACUCGUGAGUAUGCGGAGAAGCAGACUGAGCUUGCACCCAUGAUCGUGGGCGAUGACGACUACCAUGAACUCAAGAACAACGUAAUCAAGUCCGAACGCCGGGUUCUGAAAGAGCUGGGCUUUUGUGUUCACCUCAAACACCCACACAAGGACGUGGCUCAGCUGGCCUGGAACUACAUGAAUGAUGCGCUUCGAAGCGAUGUCUUUCUCCGCUUCGAAGUGGCUGUCAUUGCAUGUGCUUGUAUUGACCUGGCCACACGCAAGCUAGACAUCCCGAUGCCCGACUUGUGGUUUCAAAGUUUUGGUGUUCAUCCCGAUGACUUUGAGCAAACUUGUGCCACUAUCCUACAGCUCUAUCGCCAAUCACCCGUCUAUCUCGAUGAUUUGGCGCGCGAACUUGAGCUUGCGCUUCAAGGUGAGGACCUCACGGACCCGAGGCUGGCAGCACCAAAGAAACAUCGGGGGCGCAGCCCCCAGCGCGAGGGCAGUCCGGCGCGCGUCAUGCACAUGGCCGAUCAGCGUCACGACAGAACGGUGAUCGUAACGAGCGUGACGAAGAUCGCCGCAGUCAUGUCCGCGCACAUGGGCGUGGAAGCCGUUGGGGUUGAUAGUCGAUUUGGAUAGGUCUGACUCUCAGAGCCCCUGCCUCUCCAGUUUGACACCUGGCCACCACCCCCGGCCUGUCCUCCAGAGACCAAACGCAAGUUUCAUCGCUUCCCUACCCUAAAAGAACCUUAUUUUUCUUGUCU